AUGGAAGAAGCGAGCCUGUGUCUUGGCGUGUCUUCGGCGGCGCCGGAAGCCGAGCCCCACCUGAGCGGCCCGGUCCUCAACGGCCAGUAUGCCAUGAGUCAGAAGUUGCACCAGAUUACAUCUCAGCUCAGCCAUGCCUUCCCGGAGCUGCACGCGCGGCCCGGCGCGGAGGAGAAGGCCCCGGCGCCCCUGGAGGAGAAGGCGCAUGUGCCCAUGGGCGGCCAGCCCCUGGGCAGUCAGAUGGCGCUGCUGGCCAACCAGCUGGGCCGCGACGUGGACACCAGCCUCAACGGGCGGGUGGACCUGCAGCAGUUCCUCAACGGGCAGAACCUGGGCAUCAUGUCGCAGAUGAGUGACAUCGAGGAUGACGCGCGCAAGAACCGCAAGUACCCGUGCCCGCUGUGCGGCAAGCGCUUCCGCUUCAACAGCAUCCUCUCGCUGCACAUGCGCACGCACACGGGCGAGAAGCCCUUCAAGUGCCCCUACUGCGACCACCGCGCCGCGCAGAAGGGCAACCUCAAGAUCCACCUGCGGACGCACAAGCUGGGCAACCUGGGCAAGGGGCGCGGGCGGGUGCGCGAGGAGAACCGCCUGCUGCACGAGCUGGAGGAGCGGGCCAUCCUGCGCGACAAGCAGCUCAAGGGCAGCCUGCUGCAGCCGCGGCCGGACCUCAAGCCGCUGCCGCACGCGCCGCAGGCCCCGCUGGCCGCCUGCAGCCUGGCGCUGCCCGCCGCCGCCCACGGCGUGCCGGACGCCGCCAAUCCGGUGCCCUCGCCCAAGCCGGCCAGCGCGCAGGAGGACGCCGUGGCCCCGGCGGCCGGCUUCCGCUGCACCUUCUGCAAGGGCAAGUUCAAGAAGCGCGAGGAGCUGGACCGGCACAUCCGUAUCCUGCACAAGCCCUACAAGUGCACGCUGUGCGACUUCGCCGCCUCGCAGGAGGAGGAGCUCAUCAGCCACGUGGAGAAGGCGCACAUCACGGCCGAGUCGGCCCAGGGCCAGGGCCCCAACGGCGGCGGCGAGCAGUCGGCCAACGAGUUCCGCUGCGAGGUGUGCGGCCAGGUGUUCAGCCAGGCGUGGUUCCUUAAGGGCCACAUGCGUAAGCACAAAGACUCCUUCGAGCACUGCUGUCAGAUCUGCGGCCGGCGCUUCAAAGAGCCCUGGUUCCUCAAGAACCACAUGAAGGUGCACCUCAACAAGCUGUCGGUGAAGAACAAGUCCCCCAGUGAGCCCGAGGUGCCCGUGCCCAUGGGCAGCAUGGCCCAGGAGGCGCACGCCAACCUGUACUCCAGGUACCUCUCCUGCCUGCAGAGCGGCUUGCUGGCGCCGGACAAGGCGAGCCUGGGCGAGCCCGGCCAGCUCUACGGCAAAGGGGAGCUGGCCCUAAAGGACAAGGAGGUGCUGGGGAAGCUGCUGUCGCCCGCGUCCGGCGUGGCCCACAGCCUCCCCGAGGGCGCAGGCGGCGGCGGAGGCGACAAGCACUCGCUCCUGGGCUGCCUCAACCUCGUGCCGCCGCUCAAAUCCAGCUGCAUCGAGCGGCUGCAGGCGGCUGCGAAGGCUGCGGAGAUGGACCCUGUGAACAGCUACCAGGCUUGGCAGCUCAUGGCCAGGGGCAUGGCCAUGGAGCACGGCUUCUUAGCCAAGGAGCAUCCGCUGCAGCGCAACCACGAAGACGCGUUGGCAAACGCCGGAGUUCUGUUUGAUAAGGAGAAGCGGGAGUACGUGCUGGUGGCGGCAGAUGGCUCCAAGCAGAAAAUGCCCGCUGAUCUGGUUCACGGCACGAAAGUGGGCAAUCCGAGGGACUUGCCAAGCAAGCUGGACCCCUUAGAAGGCAGUCGGGAGUUUUUGUCCCAGGGGCUGGGCCAGACUCUCGACUACAACCUGCAGGGCCCCGGCAACAUGAAGGAGAAGCCCACCGAGUGUCCCGACUGCGGCCGGGUGUUCCGCACCUACCACCAGGUGGUCGUACACUCCCGAGUCCACAAGCGGGACCGCAAGAGCGACGAGGACGGGCUGCACGCCGGGCUGGAGGAGAGGCGCGGCUCCGGCAGCGACCAGGAGUCCCAGUCGGUGAGCCGCUCCACCACGCCCGGCUCCUCCAACAUCACCGAGGAGAGCGGCGUGGGAGGCGGCCUCUCCCAGACCGGCAGCGCCCAGGAGGACAGCCCGCACCCCUCCUCGCCGUCCUCCUCAGACAUGGGCGAGGAGGCUGGGAGAUCCACCGGCGUCCAGCAGCCGGCACUGCUGCGAGACAGGAGCCUGGGCGCCGCCAUGAAGGACUGCCCGUACUGCGGGAAAACCUUCCGGACGUCCCACCACCUUAAGGUCCACCUGAGGAUACACACAGGUGAGAAACCCUACAAGUGUCCCCACUGUGACUACGCCGGCACCCAGUCAGCAUCCUUAAAGUACCACUUAGAGCGACACCAUCGGGAGCGGCAGAACGGGGCCGGGCCGCUGUCCGGCCAGCCCCCGAGCCACGACCACAAGGACGACGCGCCCGGCAAGGCGGCCCUGUUCAUCCGGCCCGACAUCCUGCGGGGCGCCUUCAAGGGGCUCCCAGGCAUCGACUUCCGGGGCGGCCCCGCCUCGCAGCAGUGGGCCUCCGGGGUGCUCUCGUCCGGAGGAGAUCACGCGGGCCAGCCCGCGGGCAUGGCACCCGAGGCUGCCUCCGAGGCGCUGAAGGGCACCGACCUGCCGCCCAAAAGCGCCCACUUCUCCGAGAUCGGGAGGGCUUACCAAAGCGUCGUGGGCAACGGUGUGAAUUUCCAAGGGUCCUUGCAGGCUUUCAUGGACAGCUUUGUCCUCAGCUCCUGGAAGAAGAAGGACACGAAGGACAAAGCCUUGUCUGACGCUGCUCCCCUGAAAGUCCAGGGAGCCGACGGCGGCGAGGAGAAGGGCGGCGGGAAGUCUUCCCAGAGGAGACCCGAGAAGUCGCAGUACGAGCCCCUGGACCUGUCCGUGCGGCCGGACGCCGGCCCCCUCCCGGGCUCCUCGGUGACCAUGCAGGACAGCAUGGCGUGGCACGGCUGCCUGUUUUGUGCUUUCACCACGUCCUCCAUGGAGCUCAUGGCCCUGCACCUGCAGGCCAACCACCUGGGCAAAGCCAAACGCAAGGACGCCGGCGCGGGGGUGCCGGUGCACUGCCAAGAGCAAGCGCGCGAGGCGAGCAAGGUGGCCCUGCUGCAGGCUGUACAAUCUAGCAAGGACAUGGCCCUGGCGGGCGUGAUGAGCGCUCUGGACUCUGCUUCCGAAAAGACGGCCCAAGGACAGGCCAAAGAGACUCUGGGGGACCAAAAGGGCGGCGCAUGGCCCAGCCACGGCGGGGACCCUGCCUUUUGUAACUUUCCGUCAGACUUCUACAAGCAGUUCGGUGUUUACCCCGGCGUGCUGGGCUCGGCGGCCUCUGGGUCCUGCCCCAACAAGGAGCUGGAGGGGAAGGCGCCCCCGGAAGACGACGCCCCCAUCCUGAUCCCCGAGGCGGCCGGCAAGAACGCCCCUGACGACCUCUCCGACAUCGCCUCCUCGGAGGACAUGGACUCCUCGCGGGGAGAGAACAACGAGGAAGAGGAUGUCGAAACGGAACCAGAAAUGAUGAGCAAGCCGCUGUCUGCGCUCGCCAAGGACGGGGGCGGCGGCGACGGCGGGGACAGCCUGCUGCCCGCGGGCGCCCCCCAGCCCGUGCAGGUGCAGGGCCUCGGCUCACCGUUAGCCCAAGCGUCGGAGAAACAGUGGCACGGCCCCGGUCUUCUUGCCGCCCAGGACCCCUCGGCGGGCCUGCCGAAGCCGGAGCGGGGGCCCCCGGGCCUGGAGAAGCCCAUGAACAUGCUGUCGGUGCUCAGGGCUUACAGCUCCGAUGGCUUAGCUGCCUUUAACGGACUUGCGAGUAGCACAACCAGUUCUGGAUGUAUCAAGAGGCCAGACUUGUGUGGUCACAGGCCUUUCCAGUGUCGCUACUGUCCCUACAGUGCCUCUCAGAAGGGGAACCUGAAGACCCACGUCCUCUGCGUCCAUCGCAUGCCUUUUGACAACAGCCAGUACCCUGACCGCAGGUUCAAGCGCUCCAGAGUCGACUCGGAGGCUUCUGGGAAUUAUGAGGAGCCCACAGCUGUGAAGGCAGGGAGCUCAGCAGAGCUGGUGGAGGAGGGCGCCAAGUGCCAGGAGGACAGCCACUGA